AAGAAGAGGCAGGAGCAGAGAAGGGAGAGGGGGAGGAGGAGGAGGAGGUGAGAGAAGCAGGAUGGGGACAUGGAGUUAGGUGGCUUGGGAGAGCUUACUGAAAAGAGCCAAGAGGGGGUGUGGAUUAGAGACCAAGAGGUAACCCCAGGGAGAAGCAGAAGGCAGAGACAGCAGUAGGAAGAUCAGGAGGCAGGGGGAGACUGGAGAGUUGAGGGGAAGGAAGAGAGACUCAGAGGGGAGGACGGAGAGGAGUGGGUUGAGGGGAUCUCAGUCCCCUGCUGGCUUGGUAUUUGGGGAACCACGACUCCCCGUAGGGAGAGGAGGAAGGCUGGAAGUCCUGGAGGGACAGAGUCCCACGGAAAAGAGAGGGAAGAGCUGAGAGGGGCCGGGGCGCUGGGAAGGGGUCGCCCCGAGGCCUCCCGGGGAUGGGCGGUGCAGCUAGUCUGAGCGCCUCUCGAACGCUGGUACUCUGGGCUGCACUGGGGGCAGCAGCUCACAUCGGACCCGCACCUGACCCCGAGGACUGGUGGAGCUACAAGGAUAAUCUCCAGGGAAACUUCGUGCCAGGGCCUCCCUUCUGGGGCCUGGUUAACGCAGCCUGGAGUCUGUGUGCCGUGGGGAAGCGGCAGAGCCCCGUGGAUGUGGAGUUGAAGAGGGUUCUUUACGACCCCUUCCUGCCGCCACUGAGGCUCAGCACUGGGGGAGAGAAGCUCCGGGGAACCCUGUACAACACCGGUCGCCACGUGUCUUUCCUGCCUGCACCCCGGCCUGUGGUCAAUGUGUCUGGGGGUCCCCUCCUUUAUAGCCACCGACUCAGUGAAUUGCGGCUGCUAUUUGGAGCACGUGACGGAGCUGGCUCUGAACACCAGAUCAACCACCAGGGCUUCUCUGCUGAGGUGCAGCUCAUCCACUUCAACCAAGAACUCUAUGGGAACCUCAGCGCAGCCACCCGGGGCCCCAAUGGCCUGGCCAUUCUCAGCCUCUUUGUCAAUGUGGCUGGAAGCUCAAACCCAUUCCUCAGCCGCCUCCUGAACCGGGACACCAUCACCCGCAUCUCCUACAAGAAUGACGCCUACUUUCUUCAAGACCUGAGCCUGGAGCUCCUAUUCCCUGACUCCUUCGGCUUCAUCACCUAUCAGGGCUCUCUCAGCACCCCACCCUGCUCUGAGACUGUCACCUGGAUCCUCAUUGACCGGGCCCUCAAUAUCACCUCCCUCCAGAUGCAUUCCCUGAGACUCCUGAGCCAGAAUCCUCCAUCCCAGAUCUUCCAGAGCCUCAGCGGUAACGGCCGGCCUCUGCAGCCCUUGGCCCAUAGGGCCUUGAGGGGCAACAGGGACCCCCGGCACCCUGAGAGGCGCUGCCGAGGCCCCAACUACCGCCUGCAUGGCCAGAGCCCCCCCUCCCUGCAAGAAUACCUUCACAUAGUUCAGCCUGAUGCUGAAACGGAACGCCCCUGUCCCACCCUCCUGCUGCUUCUCUACGGCUCAACCCACUGCCGGCCCAUUUCUCCCAGCUUCCCAGCCUGUGGAUGGUGUCCCCCAUGGUCGCUGAGAUUCCCUAUCGAGGAUUGCACCUGUUCUUCCCAACCCUACCCAAGAGGGAAGGGGAGUCACUCCCAAAACAAAGCUAUUAAAGGGACAGAAUAAUUCCUGUU